AUGCCCGACACUUCCUUUGAGAACUUGUUAGCCCUUCUAGCUCAACUCGACACCAUCCAAAAGGCCUUGGAGAACUCUGCGUCCUCAUCCAAGGUGCCUGAAGAAUUUUUCACACAUAUCCGCCGCAGCAUCUUCGCCGUUGCCAUUGCCUUUCAAGAUCGCUUCCUGAAGAUUGUAUCACAAGACAUCAUGAUUCAUGAUAUCGCUGCCAUUGUUAAGGACGCCGUUUUCUCUCCAGACAAUGCGUCUCACGACGCUGUGACCCGAUUGCAUUUGCUCUUCCUCCAGCGACAGACAUAUGCUCAUGUGUGGAACGAUCCAACCGGUCGAUAUGGAGCCGCUCCUCAGGAACCUGUCCCUUCUAUACCCUCUGUCGCUUCGCUGGUUCUGCGUCUAGCAUUUGGCACAUUUCCAUGUUUGUUAUAUCAAACUUUAUUGCCUGGAAUCUAA